AAUUUCAUUGCUUUUGUUCUCAAGCAAAAUGAUAACAUUUCACUUGCUUGAAUAUAAUCACAAAUAAACAAUUAUUUAUUCACAUUCGUUUUUAUCGAUUUGAUUAAUUUCUUGAAGAAACCAAAAAUUGCAAAUCCACUUGAAUUAAAAUGGAUGGCGAAAAAGUUAACAUAAGUUUUACAUGUCAAAGAUGUUUGCAGCCUGUGAUUUUGGACGAGUCUUUUCGAAAUAUGGACGAUUAUGCCAGAGCUGAACUAGCUCUACCAAUCUAUGCAAAAAAGAAUGCCGAAAUCGAUUCACAAGCAACGAACAUGGAACAUUUGGUGCUACCGUUUCGGUUAACUGAUUCGGGAACGGGAACAAAUGGCUUCAUGUUGAUAUCCGAUGGUAAGGAAAAUCAAAGUCUCGGUACAACACUCAAGGCUCGUGCAAAUCUCUUUGAUUUUUUAUCAUCAAAUUCGGAAAUCGACCAUCCAUUGUGCGAUGAAUGCACUGACACACUGCUCGAGCUAAUGGAUCACCAAUUGAAGUUGGCUGAAAAUGAGUGGAACGACUAUAAUAAUUAUCUACAGAAACUCGAGCAAACUGAUGACACACCGAACAUCGAACAGUUAGAGAAAGAGUUGAACGAUUUGGAAAUGGAAGAAAAGCGUUUGAUUGACGAAUUGGCAAAACUGAAGCGUGAAGAAGAUUCGGUGAAGGAUACGAUCAAAUCACAAGAAGAGGAGAAAGAACGACUCAAUGUCGAUGAGGAAAAGUAUCGUAAAGAAUAUUCAAAGUAUCGACGUGAUUUAAUGCUGUCCGAAGACGAAUUUCACAGUUUGGAAUGUCAAAUUGCUUACGCAAACGAAGAACUUGAAAAGUUAAAACGAACCAAUGUAUUCAAUAUGACGUUUCACAUUUGGCAUUCGGGUCAUUUUGGAACAAUCAAUACAUUCCGAUUGGGUCGAUUGCCAUCGGCUCCCGUUGAUUGGUCGGAGAUAAAUGCCGCAUGGGGACAAACAGCACUAUUACUAUCAGCAUUGGCACGUAAAGUGAAUUUAACAUUCGAACGAUAUCGAUUGGUUCCGUACGGUAAUCAUUCGUAUAUUGAAGUGUUGGAAAAUGGAAAAGAGUUGCCACUGUAUGGAACGGGAGGCUUUCGAUUUUUCUGGGAUACAAAAUUUGAUGCAGCCAUGGUGGCAUUCCUAGACUGUUUAGCACAAUUCAAAGACGAAGUGGAAAAGGGUGACAAAGACUUUUGCCUACCGUAUCGCAUUGACAAAGGCAAAAUCGAAGACACAUCAACUGGCAGUUCCUAUUCGAUCAAAAUUCAAUUCAACUCAGAAGAGCAAUGGACGAAGGCGUUAAAGUUUCUAUUGACCAAUUUAAAAUGGGGUCUCGCAUGGGUUUCAUCACAAUUCACUGAUGAACCGAUAACACUACCAGAUCUAAAUGAAAGUGCUGUGUCAGCAUCGAAUAUUUAAUAAUUUUAAUAUUUUCUAUAUUCCUCAUUCACACCAAGUGUAAUAAUAAAGUCCUUUGUUAAUUUAUACAGAUCA